AUGAGUGUGAAAGAACGGAUCCUUCAAACGUGCAAAAUGACAUUUUCUGGGAAUACGGAGAUGCUCAAAAAUGCAAAUACCUAUUUUGAGUCUCUUUUUGCUGAACAAACGUUUGGCAUUUCUGCUUUAGAUAUUUUGGUUUCGAAUGAAACCCUUCCAUUAAAACAAAUCGUUUCGAUCAAUUUCAAAAGAUAUUUUAAAUUAGUGUAUGGCAGUUUAAAUGACGUUGACAAAACAGCAUAUAAAGAAUUGUUAUUGAAAAUUAUCAUACAAACUCCCGUCUUAGUCCAAAAGCAAAUUACUGAAGUCUUUAGUUAUAUAAUUGAAUUGGAAUUCCCAAAAGGCUGCCAGGAUUUAUUAAAGAAUUUGAUUACUUUCUUCCAUUCACAAGAAAUAUUACACAACGAAAAUUCUUUUAAAGGCGUUAUGAUGGUUAUUAACACUAUUAUUAAAGCAAAACGUUUUAAGACUGAGUUAUACCCCUUCAUGAUCGAAUUUGUGAACCAAAUAUUUUCGAUGUAUUUGACAGUAUUCACCACUGCUGUCUCUUCGAAAAUGUUCACUUACACCAAACCACUUUUAAAGGCCUUUAAAUAUCUCCUUUACACAAAAAUACCUCCUUUCUUCAAUCAACAAAAUACAACACAAUUCUAUCAGGCCGCUCUUACUUUGUUGGCUAUGCCUUUCGAGUUCAAUCAGAAUUCUGAAAAACACCCACAACUCUCUUCUGUUAUAAAUUUAAUACGUGGAACCACCUCAAUCAUUUCUCAAUACACAAGCAAGAAUAACAGGAAACAGAGCCCAACACUGACCUUCUUUGUGGAGAACAUUGCGUGCGAUUUUCUUAAGGUAAUGUUGUCUCAAAUGAGGGAUGGGUUGCCUAAGGUUUUAUAUUACUACAUGUUUGUGUUGAUGAGUUACAGUGUGAAGACGGCCAAAUUGUCGAAUGUCAUUCAAUCGGUCUUUCCCGCACUGUUAGAUCAAAUCAUAGUGAAAAAAUUGAUGAUCACCGACGCGCAAAUGAAUUUGAUGAUGACCGAACCAGCGACUUAUUUGAGUGAAUUACAAGACGAAGAAAUCGGAGCUGUAGAUGCAUGGUACGGUGCUUUAAGUCUCAUUUUGAACAUCAAAAUGUACCGACCUAAAAAUUACUUGCCCCUCUUUUUAAACCCACUUUUGGCUGUUGUCCCAACAACUCCAGAGAUGUUAAAUAAAGACGAAAAACUGAUCGAUUGCGCUUGCUUCAUUCUCUCUAAAAUAGUCUCGAGCUUUACUAUAUCACAAGACUACGCUAAGUAUGUGCCUGCUUUGUUAUCGACAACAGUGCCUUUGUUACUGAAAAGUGGGAAAGUCUUGUUAAUCCGAAGAGGGUGUGACUUAUUUGAAAGUCUCUUUGUUGUUUUGAAUUACAAAAAGAAUGUUCCCCUCCCACAAGAGGUGUUGAAUGUCGUGCAAUUGGUUUUCUCGUUGCUUACAAGUAACAAUUUGAUUGUCAAAGUGUCUGCUGGGUCAACAUUGGGGCUUUUUGUCUCAUAUGACUGCUUAAGAGAAAGCUUCAGACCGAUUUUAACACCAAUGUUUGACGUUUUGAUGCAAACGGCUCACAUCUAUGAGAGUGAUACAGUCGUUUCAACUAUGUCUGAAUUGAUUCAAAAAUUCCCAACAGAGACUCUUCCAAAUUCAUUACAACUGACACAAGGACUCUUCGAAAUAUUACUUUCAGUGGAAAACAAUUACGAGGACUCUGAUGAGAAUACUCAAAUCAAAAUGAUGGACUCUGUCCAUGUCGCAACAGACUCAAUUUGUUAUCUUAUUGAAAUCAACAAGAGUAACUUUAAUGCAACCGAAAAAUUCGCUAAUACGUUUAUCCCUUACAUAUUAAAACAAGUGCAAAUCACAACAGAUUUCCAGAAUGAAUCGUUUGAUAAUACUGUCACACUGGCGUUGGCUCUUGCAAAGGCGUUACCAACCCCAUAUUGUGUCCAAAUGCAACAACUCUUCUCUAUGUUACUUUCACUCACACCAAACAUGAACUACUCAACACUCUCAUCGACAGAAACACUCAUUUCUAAAAUGAUUUCAAGGUGCCCUGAACUCAUUUUGGUGCCAACUAAUAUGGAGAACCUUGUCAUCCUCACUAAAAAGUUUUUGCUCUCAGAAGACAUGGAAGUCGAGAUCAUGAGCGUCUACAAUACUAUCAGAGUCGCUUUACAGAAAAACCCUGGUAAAAUGGACCAGUUCAUCGUAUUCUUAAUCGAUAUCGUUAUUCCCCUUGUUCAAAAGAAGAACCCCGCUUUCUUUUUACAACAAGUGGAAGCCAUUUUGGACUGCAUUGUCUCAAACCCCGCCUUUACUCUUGCAGUGUUAAAUCAACGAGGGUUUUUGAACGAUUUGUUCCAACUCUGGAACGGUAUGAUUGCCAAUAAAUUGCCUUCUUUGAUGGACAAGAAAUUGUCUAUUCUUGCAAUGCUUUCUAUUUUGACCAUCCCAAUAAACAACAUGCCACAAAUUGUAUCACAAAGUCUCACGAAUUUUUAUGAGACAAUUGUCCAGGUGGUCGUCGCUGCACAGAGUCAGAGGAAAAAGACUCAGGCGUAUUAUGAAGAACAAAGAAAAAAUGGGGGAACUUCGAUUUUGAACAAAAUGGAAGAUGUUGGAGAAGAUGAGGAUAUUUUGUAUGACGACGAAGUUAAUGACGAAGACGUCAAAGCCGCAAUGGAACAGUACUUAAAUGGUGGAAUUGAUUUGGAUGAAGAUAUUUUAGACGACGAGGAAGAGAAUGACGAUGAUGACUUGGUCAUCGACGAGAGAAACGCUUUUUAUGUUGUGAUGCGAAGAAUACUUGAAGGAGACUUGAAAGACCAACGACACGUUGUGGCAAUCCAAGGAUUGACAACGGUCGCUCGUGAAGAGUUUGCCAAGAUCUUUGUUGAACAAGCGCCAUCAAAGUAG